AUGGAGAAAAACUUUGAGACCCUGACGUGUUCUGAAGAGUGUAAGAAGAAAAUGGCAGUAUAUUACUUAGACAAAGACACAUCACAGUGGUGGGAGAGUAGGGAUCGCCAAGUGGGACAUCUGGUCACCACUUGGGUGGCAUUCAAACAAGAAUUUGAACGCAAGUACUUCACUCCUGAAUCCAAGCGAAAGCUUCAACGCCAGUUUGCAAACUUGGUACAAGGAGAUAAGACGGUUAGAGAAUAUGAAUCUGAAUUUAUGCGACUGCGACGACACGUGCUGCGAGGACAAGAUUAUGAGGAGACCAUGAUAUCCAUCUUUCUAUUUGGUCUAAAACCAGAGUUGGAAAAUAGACUGGCAGUCGGGAACUACGAGAGUCUCACCGAGCUAGUGGAAAAGGCUACAGGCCAUAAGUCAAGUGAAUGCUUAGGGAAGAAACCUGGAUCCUUUCAGUCAAUCUCAUACAAUCCUACAUGCUACACGUAUGGAAAAAAAGGACACAUCUCUACCCAGUGCAGUGUCAAUCGUCCAAUCUCAGCUACGUCAAUCACUGUCCAUCCUCCUCCAGCUCCACCUGCAAUCGCACCUGCGCCAAAAAGGCAAGCUAUAGGAGGUAGAGUUUACGCUUUAGAACUAGAGGAUACUAAACCUCCAGGCCCAUCUAAGGGUCCCAUCACAGGAACUUUACAUUUUGCGGGGAGUCCCACACAUGUAUUGUUCGACUCAGGGGAAACACAUAGCAUUGUGGCCCCUGAGGUAGCUGUCAAGUUUGUGGGUUCAUUUUUAAUUGAUAGGAUGGAUGUGGCUGCGAUAACUCCCGGAGACCAAACCCUCCAAGCAAAAGAAUGCCUCAGAAGAGUUUUGUUAGUCAUUUGCGAGAAUAUGUUCUUGGCAGAUUUGUUGGUGGUGCCCUUAAAAGGAUAUGAAGUUAUCUUGGGCAUGGAUUGGUUAUCAGGCUAUCGGGCACAAUUAGAUUGUGGAAAAGGUCGUAUUUUGUUCAAGGAGAACGGGCAAUGA